CGGUCGGGGCACAUGAAGGAACGUUGAGAUUAGUGAUGUCUGUUUGGUCAUCAUCGUGCUGGCCCUGUCCGCCGCAGAAGACCUGCACGACGCGGCGAAGCAUCACGUCGGGAAGGCUGCCGAUGCGGUGAUGGACGCUGCAGGAGACAGACGUCCUGCAGCUGCUGCUGCCGCUGCUCCUCCCCCAUCCCUCCCCCGGGCAGUAUGCCUUUGUCGUCGCACCACCAGUCGUGUCGGCAGGGCGGGCGGGCCUGCCUGGCACAACGCCCCCCCGCUCCCCGCAGGAGACGCACAUGACGCUGCGAAGCAUCACGCGCAGAAGGCCGCGGGCCACGUCGCGAACGCCGUGGGGGCGGCGUGGGGCGCGCUGGCGGGCGCCUUCGGCGGCGGCGGCGGCAACUCGGAGGAGAGGGCGCUGGAGCAGCAGCCCCCGCAGGCCUCCCGAACUCAGCCCGGCCUGCUGGUGGCCAGGGACCCCGUGCCGCCGGCGCAGGACAAGCCGACGCUGUCGCUGCAGGGCAAGCCAGCGGCCGUGCUGCCGGCGCCGCGCCGCAGGGCGUGGUCGCAGGCGCAGAGGGCCUGGUGCUGCGAGAACCGGGGCGUCGGGUGCACCACCACCACGCCGAAGUGCG